AUGAAAGCUACAUUAAAGACUUUCAACUACUUGUCUUUCAUCAACCCUCAUAAUCUCCGCAACUCCACAAUCCUGUCCUCUCGCCAUCUUCCUCAAUCUCAGCUACCUAGUUCGUGUCUGAAUUCCGGGUUUCGAUUCUUCCGAUCUAACCACCUCUUCUGUACACAGUCUGGUUCACUCAUGGAAGUGUUUAAAGCGGUUUUGUCACAAGGGUCUAAUUCCUGUGAUCGGAUAGCUAUUAAAUCCGAUGGGAAGAGUUACUCUUAUGGUCACCUUACAUCCUCUGCCUUGACAAUAUCUAAAAUGUUCCACCACGAAAAGGGAGGUGAAACAAGCAAGUAUGAAGGGUAUGGUAGUCUUCAAGGAGCUAGAGUUGGAAUUGUGGCGAAACCUUCAGCUGAGUUUGUUGCUGGAGUUCUUGGGACUUGGUUUAGUGGUGGCGUUGCUGUUCCACUUGCACUCAGCUAUCCUGAGGCUGAACUCUUAUAUGUCAUGAAUAAUUCGGUACGUCUUCUUGUUUUCUUGUGCUUUGUUUACUUCGUUUAA